AUGGUGCGGGUGACGUACACAAAGGGGGAACUGCUCGCGCUGCGCGAGACGUGGACGGCGGACGCGUAUCCCGACCCCCUGCCGCCCGACUGCCCGAUGCACACCGAUAUCAAUGUGCAGCUGCCGCCAACCAUGGUGCGGAAGCGGCGUAAGAGCGACAGAGCGGUGCAGCUACGCAGGACGGUGGGCGAUGCCGAUGCUGCUGCAGCUGCUGCUGUGGGCGUAGGAGGGCCAAAUGAAGCAGUUCGACUUGACACACGGUGGGGGAGCCUCGGCGGCUGCAAUGUGGUCACCCAGCAAGGGGAGCCGGGCCGGGCCCGCGAGUGCAAAGACCCCGAUGAGCUCUGGAGCCGGGUGAUACGACCGCCGCGGCUAAAGAUACCAAUCGUCACCAUUGAUAGGAGGCGAAUAGUGCGCGACAAUGCGACAACAUCAGCUUCCGGCGAGCACAGAAAUAAAACAUUGUUGGAUAUUGAUACGGAACGGAAGUUGGUUGCACGGCUCCGCGUGAUGCAGCAACAACAACUGCAGCAACAGCAACUUUAUCAUCCGGGAAGCCUCGGGAUGAGGCUAUCCGAGUGCGAUACCACUCACGCUGGGAACGUGGAGUUAGCCACGCCACCAGCCUUUCGAUGGACGGCUGUUUCACACUGCAGCUCGGAUGACGCUGCGGCCCCGGUAGAGAUUGGUGGUCAGGCCGCAUCGAAAAUCAAUGUCGACACUGCCGUACCCAUUUCGAAUGUCUCGCUCUUUAACUCCGUUCUGGGGAGCCGAUACUUUCAAUUCACACGACCGCUCGGCAUGUGGAAUUAUCUCUCGGGUUUUUUUGGCGCACAUCGACCGCGUUCAUUCGGGUUUGGUGUGGCCACUCAUCAGGGCGGCGUGGACUUCGCCAAUAGCACCAGUAACGCUAGCGCCAGUGGGCAUCAAAGCUCCAUUGGACUCGAUGAGUCCAGCGCAACACCUGCAGGGGUGGAGAAGGGCGAAGAAGAGGCAAUAACGGCAAUAAACGACAGGGACACGACUGUGGCGAAAAAGCGGUCGCACAGGCGGCGAACGAAUCGAACACACGCCGAAAAACGUGAAUACCGCCGACUCCAGGAACUCCGCAUGCAACAAGCGGCAAUGCCGUGUGCAGCUGGUGAAGAGAAAUAA